CUUGCCGUAAAAAGUCGUCAUAACUCCGAAGCUUUUACUGACACUUGGAAGGAUAUUUUAUUUGAUUGAGAAGACGCCUCUCCCAUUGAGCCGCAAUUGGAAUUUGUGGUAGUUUAUGUGACUUACAUCCGCGAGACGAUAUAGAUCCCGAGCCAUGUCCGAUAGGUCCCGCGCGCUGAGUCAGUCUGUGGUGCUGCGCAGCCUCCGCAGCGCACGAGACCGACUCUGUGCUGACCGGAGGAGCGCGACAGGGCCACGGCCAGACGAGAGCGCCACCCGGGCCCUGCUGGACACGCUGCCGGUGGACCUGCAAUUCCUCAUCAUGACCUACCUGUCUCCUCAAGAUCUUUGCAGACUGGGUGGGACUAAUAGAUACUGGAGGUCCAUGGUUCAGGACCCGCUUCUGUGGAGAUACUUCCUGCUCAGGGAUAUGUCUGGUUGGUCAUCUGUGGAUCAUCUGUCUCUUCCGCAGACGGGCCAGAGUGGCUCGGCUGUACCGGAGGGUGGAGACACACAGGUCGACUACAUGGCAGAGUACCUGCGAUGCAGCCCAGAGUGUCGGAGGCAGUGGCGCCAGCGGCGGCCAGCGUACGAGGCAGUGGCCUCCUUCCUGCAAGCGCUGGUGGCAGGAGUAGAGCCACGCUACGCCAUGUUUGGUCCAGGCCUGGAGCAGCUGGACGUGUCCCUGAUGAGGUCCAUGAUGCACACGCCAGCCGUGCUACCUGUGGCAGGGAUACCACAGCGUCAGAUCGACGGUGUUGGAUCUGGAAUCAGUUUUAUGUACAAAGGACAGCAAAGAUUCAACAUCAUCACUUUAUAUUCAACAAACAGCACAGAGAGGCAGAGGGCACGCCUAGAGCAGCUAAGGGUGCACAGUAAGCUCUUUGUCCAGCAGGGGGCGCACGAGUCCGGCAGACCUCGCUAUACUGUGACUCCUCAGGUGCAGGUGGUGUGUCAGGCAGUGAACGGAUUCAUUUUUGUGGCCAACGCAGAAACAUGGAGAGCCGGUGCGGAGGAGGAGAUUGCUCAGGUGCAGGCCAUGCUGCAGCCCACCUGGGGUCCCGCGUCACGCCCUGUCCUGGUUCUCUCCUGCACCUCCAGAGAUGGGAGAGACAGGACACCGUGUGUGACAGUCGCCCACCAGCUCCAGCUCAGCCUACUGCACAACCCCUGGAUGGUCCAGGACACUGUGGCAGAGUCCCUGGCUGGACUGCUGGACGGUAUCGACUGGCUACUGAAGCAUUCCGGGAUCAGGAUAUAGGGGAUUGGCUGAUUACAGAGAUAUUCCAAACUUGGGCUAUAGGGGAUUGGCUGAUUAGAUAUAUUCCAAACUUGGGAUAUAGGGGAUUACUGAGAUAAUCCUUAAUAAUAAUAACAAUAAUAAUAAUAAUAAUCUCAACAAACAUAGAGAGAAGGGUUAUAUUGGAGCUCGGGGGAUAUUUGGAUAUGUCACAGUUUAUUAGCAGAAUGAAAGUUCCAUAUUUUAUCCAUUUGACACUACUAUUACUGCUGUGUGGAAAACAUGUAUUAAACAGUGUCCAGGUUUGUUAAAGCUCUCUUAACUGUCCUGUUUCACUUUCAUGAAAAUAAUAGUUGUAAGGACCAUUUCAUGAAACAGUUGUAACUUGUAUAGUAUACAAAUGAAAUGUAGUAGACAACAUAGUAUAUUUAAAAACCCAUAAAUACACAGAUUAUAUUUAAAAGCCCACUGUCAAGAAAAAUAACCACAAGCAAUGAAUGAUUUAAAAAAAAAAA